ACUGUGAUCGACUACCAUAUGAUAUAUUACCAAAACGUCAUAUGUUGGUGAUCAUUAAUCCAGCCAGUGGCAGACGAAGAGCGCAUGAAAUAUUUAAGGAGCAGGUCGUACCCCUUCUGGAAGAGGGUGAAAUUACUUGGGAGGUAGUUCUGUCAAAAGAGAAGAACUUUGUAUAUAACUACAUUCGGUCUGUAGACUUGUCCGUGUUCAACAAUAUCGUUUCUGUAUCGGGAGACGGACUUGUAUACGAGAUGGUGAACGGACUCUUAGCGCGGUCUGAUUGGAGAGAAGCUAUCAAGAUACCAGUUGGUGUCAUCCCUGGAGGGUCAGGCAACGGACUAGCUUUUAGUCUUAACGAAGCACUGGGUGAACCUACCGUACUGGACUGUGUGACGUCGUCAGUGUUAAAUGUCAUCAAAGGAGAUGUCCAGAAGAAACACAUCAUUUUACUACAGACUGUUGAUGAUUCUGUGUGUUCUCUGUCUUCGUUUCUUUGGGGAGUUAUUGCUGAUAUCGUUCUGGAUUCCGAGGUGUUACGUUUUCUUGGAGAAGUACGGUACGGUUUGACAGGAACCUUCAAAUCACUCAGUCCAAGUAAAUACAAAGGCCGGUUAUCUUUCCUUCGAGCAACUGAAGAGAACAGAGUCAAGAUGGCUCGGGCUAGAAAAGCUACAGCUGAUCGAUUAAAUCACAACCAAUUCAGCAAUAACAAGCUUACUCAAUACUUGUACGAAGAUCAAAGUUUCAUAGGUUCAACUUCCUGUCACAACAACCCAUUGCUUCACUCAACAAAAUUUAACGAUUUAAAAGAAAAUCACGCUUCCUCAUCAGGAUCCUUGUGGAAGACGGAAACCUCUUUACUGCCAACGUGGGAUCAGCAUGUUUCAGAAGACUGGGAAACUAUAGAAGGAGAGUUUUAUGUGAUUGGUUGCUCCUAUGUCAGUCGGCUUUCUACCUACUUGGCUUUGUCACCGUCCGCUAAGUUUGAUGACGACACAAUAUGGUUAAUCCUAGUGCGUGGUCACGUACCACGAGUUUUAGUGAUGCAUUUCUUGAUAGCCAUGAGAAGUGGAAAACACGUGAACUGCUCUUUUGUUGAUAUGAUUCCGAUUCUCGCUUUUCGGCUAAUACCAUUCGAGAAGAAAGGGGGCUUUGCCGUGGAUGGAGAAUAUAUGGAAUGUAGACCGGUACAGGGGGAAAUCCUCCCAUUUUCAAUGGAGAUACUGUCUCGCUAAGAGAGCUAUGGUACUAACUAAGUGAGUACCUUUGCACUUUCUCAUUCGCGUUCUUGUCUUCAGGUACCUUUUUCCAGUCAGGAAUGGUCAAAGGUAUUCAAGAAGUAUAUUUCCACACACAUUUUGUGACCCCAUCACUGCUCUUUGUGAUCCCAUCACUGGUCUUUGUGACCCCAUCACUGCUCUUUGUGAUCCCAUCCCUGCUCUGUGUGAUCCCAUCACUGCUCUUUGUGAUCCCAUCCCUGCUCUUUGUGAUCCCAUCACUGCUCUAUGUGAUCCCAUCCCUACUCUGUGUGAUCCCAUCACUGCUCUUUGUGUUCCCAUCACUGCUCUUUGUGAUCCCAUCACUGCUCUAUGCGAUUCCAUUACUGCUCUUUGUGAUCCCAUCCCUGCUCUAUGUGAUCCCAUCCCUGCUCUUUGUGAUCCCAUCCCUGCUCUCUGUGAUCCCAUCAUUGCUCUUGUGAUCCCAUCACUGCUCUAUGUGAUUCCAUUACUGCUCUUUGUGAUCCCAUCCCUGCUCUAUGUGAUCCCAUCCCUACUCUAUGU